CCCAACGGCUAAACUUUGUUGAAUUUUGAGGCUAAACCGAAUUCCAGCCCCAUCUUUCAUGUCUCAGAAAAAAGCUGUAUGGACUUUGUCAACAGAGAUAUUUGUUCUGUUCACUUCCUUGUUCCUUCCCUUGUUUUGGAUCUCUGAACUCUGGAAACCAGAUUGCUCCCGCUGGAAUGUUAGUUCUAACCCCAACAUCCGAUCCAACUUCAAUCUCCCAGUUCAAUUUUCUCUGUUCAAUCCUGGAAUUCCCAAGAGACAGUUUGAAGAGCUCCAAUUGGCUUGAAAGGAGACUGGAUUAGAUAAUUAGAUUUCGAGUGAAGAAGCUGCGGAUUCUUCUUCUAUCACUGAAUGGCAUAAAUUUCAAACUUAUAAUCCGAAUUCAUAAUUGGGUUUGUUUUGUCUUUUCCCAUUCAAUUAGAAGGAGUUCAUUAAUGGAAGCUUCAUCCCCGCCUCAACAGACCUGCUGUUUCUGCUAUUCUUCAAAGAAAGCUUCAAAAAAGAAAAGCAAGGCUGACAGGGUCCCUUUAGACCUCCACGAAAUUGAGUGGGGAAAGAACGAUGAGAUCUUAUCAGACAUGAGCACUUUUUCAGCGCAAGAACAGGAGAAGAGGUACAAGAAGGCCAAGGAGAAGGAGAAGGAGAUUCAACAAGAGGCCAAGAAGGUGAUGAAUUGGGUUAAGCAAGCAUCAUCAAGGAUGGAUGUUUCUUCAAUUGAAAAGGUGAUAAAUGAACCCAAGUGAUGAUCUCGGGCUAUUUUACUUGAAAAAUCCAGUUCCUGUAUUUGUAAUUACAGAGAAGAUAGCUUCAUGAGGAAUUGCUCGUUCUUAAAGUCUUACAGAUAGCACAAUUGCCAAAACUGCUUGCUGUGUUUAUUUCUCUCAGCUCUGUUUUGUAUUGGUAUAAACAAAACAGAGAGUGCUCUCUGUCGCCAUCUUUGCAACUUUAUUAUAUUUCUCAAACUUGAGAUGCAUCAUGAGUUCAUGAUUCCUAA